CUUUUUUGGGCAGAGUGUGACUCGUCACUCCGUCUCUCUCUCUGUUAUCAAUUUUUGAUCUACACUAUUUCUCCAAUUUCCCGCUCUUCUCACCUCCUUUUCUCAUAAUUGGUUUAUGCAUUCCGAUGUCCAUGUCCUGGAGGCACUUGGUCUGUCUUUUUGUGCUCUUUGGAGCAACACAGACAAUCACCUAUACUGUGCUGUUUAGGGAGAACAAUUUGAAUAAUUUUCUCCUUUUUUAUUUUAUGGAAUUUCAAGUUAAUGUCGGAUUUUCGAAUGAUGGAUAUGCGGUUUUUACAACUGCCGUGUUGAAUAUGACACCGUAUCAUUUUCAAAUGUAUGUCAAUGGAAGAAAUUGUGGACUUUUAACACUUCAAUGCAAAUUUCAACUCCAACCAAAUGAAUCAUUGAAUAUUGUACUUGAUAAAAUUGAUAUGCAAUCAAAUCUGAUGACAUUCACGUAUCGAGGUGGCAAAAAGGAUCCAGACGUCUAUAUUAAUGGAUGCUAUGAAUCAAUGAGCUCAUGUGCCUAUGGCUCACAACAAUCCACCGAUACACGUGGCACUUUAUAUCAGGAUUCAAUUUGUGCAUGUGUCGGAAGUUUUCCAACGUGCUUAUUUUCUGAGAAUGAUACGUGCAUUAGCAACCGUCCAUUCUGGAACUACGAUCCACCUACAGCUUCUACCACAGAGGAGAUUGAUACAAGCAGUAGUACAUCCAGGUCAACAAGUACACCAUCUAGCACAGAGGCUUCUAGUACAGUAACCUCUACCACGACGGCUAGGACCACAACCACCAUGAUCCCAACAACACCAACAACCACAACUAUUGCUUCAACGUCUACCGUAACCUCUAUUGUAACCUCAACUACAGUAACCUCAACUACAGUACCCACAACUACCGUAGUCACUACUGUACCCACAACAACUGCCACGUCCACGUCAACUAGCACAGCAAGCACAACAACAACAACGCCAAGCACUAGCACCCAUACUACAACGGUGACGUAUUCGACAAAUGCCACGUCAUCAACAACGUCACCGACGACGUCACCUACUCCGGAGCCGGAGCCAACGACUACAGCCACUGUGCUGGCGCCAACGCUGAAAAAUUUGAGUGAUAGCGGAGUCGGUAUCAACAACGUAUCGACAGUACUCAAUGAGACCCUCACGUACUCGGAAAUGGGUGCUAAUCUCAAUGCGACACAGGUGGCCGAGAUAUCCACAAUACUGAUCAACUCUGCGAACGUGCCCGGAUUGACAGCCGAGAACUCCAUGGCGAUCCUACAUAACCUGGACAACAUGCUCUACGUGAGCCCGACCAUAAUGUAUCAGAGCGGAAAUUCUGCCCAAGGGGUAUUAAACUCUCUCGGAACUAUGGUCGACAAUACAGUAGACCAACGGAUCGAGUACUUGAAUGGGCAAAAUUUGGGGUUCAGCUCCAAAAGAUUAGACUGCUCAAAUCUCGGCGCAGACGAUGGUCUACUGGAUUUGGGUAGCAAGUUUGAACUUAUCAAUAGUACGGACUCGUUGGGAAAGUGGCAUUCUAUUCUGGUUCCGCUGUCGGAUUUAUGUAGUACCCAGGAUUUAUCCCACGUGUUCUUCACAAUAUAUCGUGACACAUCUCUAUUCGUUGGUCCACAGCAAUAUCGAACAUAUACUGGGACAAAUAAGCCUAUUUCAUCUGGAGAAGCCGAGACAUAUACACCUCCACCGAGGGUGCCGAGAUCGGCAGGAUUCUAUGAAGCUGAGCCAUACCAGAUGAAUGCUACAAGUCAGACCGUCCCACUCUCACCGUGUGCUCGACAGACAUCCCUCCCACCAACACCUGUGAUGAGUGCAACUGUCAUGAACAACGGUGUCGCAGUCUCUGUAUCAGCAACUUCUGAAGCCACGAUGGCACUGCUCCGAUUCAAUAUCUCGACUCUCAUGAAACCCCUGCACGGAAAUUUAAAAGUAACCUGGUGGGAUAUUGGAAGGAAUGCGUGGGCCGAAGACCGCCAAUGUGAGAUCGUCUCUGAGUCAGAUGGAAUUCUGGAAGCAAGAUGCACGCAUUUGACGGAUUUCGCUAUUAUUGUGGACGCUGCUCUAAACGAUCCGAAUGUCUGUGACAAUGCCCUCAUCACUCUUGGCUACGUCGUGAACGGUCUAUCGAUUGUCUCUCUAGCUUUUCUUACGUUUUUUAGUAUCUCUGCCUAUAUAAACUCUCUCGCCAACAGCCGACUCUACAGUUAUGUCCGGGGUCAUAAUCUGGCUCGUCGGGACUUUCUUGCUCUUAUCUACCAUUUUGAUCUUCUUCUCUUUUACGUGUUCUUCACAGUGUUCUCAAAUCAAGAUGUCUCAGGUGAUAUGUGCACAGCGAUGGCAGCUGUGAUGUACGCUUUGCUUUUGUGCUCUCUAUUUCUCACAAUUUUCCAAGCUCUUCGAAAUAUCCUCGUUUUCCUGCCAACUCCAGCCUACAGGCUGCUUAACAUAUGUUUUGGAACAGUGCCAGUUCUCAUCACGUCAGUAGCUCUCCCCUUUAUUCUUUCAAUAUUUCUGCUAGUCUUCACAAAAUUCUUCGACCGCCAGGACUGCUUCUGCUGGGUACGACCCGACUACAUAGUGGCUGCAAUUAUCAUUCCAGUAACUGUACUUUUACUGAGUACGGUAGUAUGCACUAGUUUCAUGAUCUACAAAGUUUUUUGUGGAAUGAAAAGGAAAUUUAGUCAAGGGGGUCACCACUACGAUCCAAAUGUGAUCACGAAGAUAGUAUCCAUAGUUGUAAUGCAAAUCUCACUAGGUCUUCCAUGGAUCCUUCAAUUCGGAACCCUCUACUCCCCAUACACCACCUUCUGGCACUACACCUUCACCAUAGUCUUAGGGUCUCAGGGAACAAUUUUACUGCUCAUUUUCCUCUACAAGCGAUAUCGAGCUUGGCAAGCUGAUAGUACGCUCAAGUCUCGAGGACAGAGCUACUCGAAGAACUCGACAAAACGAACGAAGCUGGUCGAAGAGGAGAACAGUUUAGGAUCAAGUACAGAUACUUUUAAUGAAUAUUGACCUCAGUGUUUUUUGUGUAUAUAGGAAGUUAUUAUAAAUAAAAAAUAUUUUUCUGAAAAA